AAGGAGGGGGAGAGCAGAGCUGGGGAGGAGGAGGAGGAGGAGGGAAGAAGAGCGGUGGGUGCCCAGGAUAGCUACAAAUGGGGGAGGGGAAGGAAUGGGCUUGGGCUGGUUUCCACCACCGCAGUGGCCAGCAGUGGUCCCACGCUACCUCCUGCUGUGCCCCUGGGUGCUGGGACCCAUUGGGAUCCCUGCUAACACCCUCCCAAUGCAAAAGGCUGGGAGAUUUGUGAGGACACCCCUUUCCUACACCUCUGCUGCGAGGAGAGAGGCCAUGGCGGCGAUGUUCCUGCCCGGCAAUCUCCAGGACGAAGCCACUUGCUCCGUCUGCCUGGAGUUCUUCAAAGACCCCGUGUCCAUCGAGUGCGGGCACAACUUCUGCCGGGCGUGCAUCAUCAAGAGCUGGAAGGACCUGGAGAUGGACUUCCCCUGCCCGCAGUGCAGGGAGGUUUUCCAGCAGAAGAGCUUCAGGCCCAACCGGCAGCUGGCCAACAUGGCCGAGAUCAUCAGCCAGUUCGCCCUCCGCGGGGCCAAGGGGGCCGAGGAGGACGGGCUGUGCGCGAAGCACAGGGAAGCCCUGAAGCUCUACUGCAAGGACGACCGCAGGACCAUCUGCGUGGUGUGCGACAGGUCCCGGGAGCACCGGCCUCACGCCGUGGUGCCCGUCGAUGAGGCGUCCGAGGAGUACAAGGAGAAAAUCCAGGGCCGCUUGGAUUUCCUGAAAAAGGAGAGGCAAGAGCUGCUGGAAUUUAAAGUGAACGAUGAUAAGAAAACCCAGGAGCUUUUGAAAACCAUCGAGAAUGAGAGGCAGAAGCUGCUGGUGGAGUUCGAGGGGCUACGGCAGUUCCUGCACGACCAGGAGCACAUCCUCCUGGGGCAGCUGGAGAAGAUGGAGAAGAGCAUCGCCAAGAGGCAGAACGAGAACAUCUCCGACCUCUCCAAGGAGAUCACGCUCCUCAACAAGCUCAUCACGGAGCUGGAGGAGAAAAUCCAGCAGCCCAUGCUUGAGUUCCUCAAGGACGUAAUGAGCAUCAUAAGCAGAAGUGACGAUGUGAAGAGCCACAAGCCUGUACCUGUGUGCACGGAUAUGAAAAUGCACGUCUGCAAUUUCUCUCUCAAGACCGUCGUCCUUGAGAAAGUCUUAAAGAAAUUCAAAGAAAACCUGCGGGAUGAACUGGGAAGAGGUGAAAAAGAGGACCUGACCCUGGACCCCGAGUCGGCGAACCACCUCCUCAUCCUCUCCGCGGACCUCAAGAGCGUGAGGAUGGGCUGCAGGAAACAGGAGCUGCCCGACAACCCCAAGAGAUUCGACACGAACUCGCGGGUCCUGGCUAGCACGGGCUUCAAGUCGGGACGGCAUUACUGGGAGGUGGAGGUGGGCGCCUCGGACGGUUGGGCCUUCGGGGUGGCCAAGGAGUCCGUCAGGAGGAAAGGGUUGACGCAGUUUUCCCCCGAAGAAGGGAUCUGGGCGGUGCAGCAAAAUGGAGGCCGCUACUGGGCGGUCACCUCGCCCCAACGCACGCCGCUGUGCCUCAGCCAGAAACUCAACAAGGUCAGGGUGUACCUGGAUUACGAAGGGGAAGAAGUGUCCUUCUACAACGCUGACAACAUGCAGCACAUCUUCACCUUCAACGUUGCCUUCCAGGAGAAGGUGUUCCCCCUCUUUUCGGUUUGUUCCACGGUUACGUACAUCAAACUGUGCCCCUGAGGCAUCUCAUGGGCUUUGCUCGGGGCCUCUAUCCAUGGUCGAGGCCCGGUGGGCCACGAUGAGAACAAGGGACUCUGAAAACAACCAUGCAGCCUGGGUCCUCACUAUAUGGGGUCUUCAAAUCAGCUUAAAACAGGGAACAGCUAUUAAAACCUAAAGCUAUUACAAUCAGCAGUCCCCAGAAGUUUGCAGCCACCAUCUUAAACCUAUCCCUGAAGCAACCCAACUCUUCAGCAAGAAGGAGACCACCAGUAGCUGGCUUUGGGCUCCAAGUCUGAUAACCGAUGGGUAUUUUCUUCUCUUGGGUGGGUCUAAGGAUCAAUAUUAAGACCUGGGUGGGGAGGUUUUGGAGCAGAACUCCCCUUUGAAAGCAUCGUUGCCUCAAAAAUGAAAUGUUCUGUGGGUAAGGGUCCUGUGGGAAAGGUGAAGAGAGUGGACAGGACACUUUGGACUUCUAUCCAAAGCCAGAAAAGGGAAAGCUUCUUUCUGUUUAUCAAGUAACAUCAGCUAGAAAGCUCAGCUGGGAUUUUUGCCUCUUUCCCUCUUGCUGAGAAGAAAAGCCCCACAGUAAAGGACCUUGUUUUAGGUUUUCCUUCUAAAAUUUGGUAUAAUGCACUCCAAAGCCUGAUUUGUGCCAUCCCAAUGGCAGUCUCAUCUGUCCUGGGUGAUCUGAACUGUGUGGCCACCAAGAUCUGACCUCUCCUGGGUAGAUACCAUGGCCUUUGGGUUGCUUUUUCCAUCGGCUCGUAUUAGUGCUCUCUGCUUUUUUUCUCUGUCCGUGGCCCUACUGGGCAGGUAGUGCUGCUAUUCUGAAAAAAAAGGCAAAAAAAAAAAAAAAAAAAAUGUUUUUUUUUUGG